AUGUGUGGAGGUUCCCAGGGGACGAGGGGACGAGCGCUCUCAGAAGCGCGUAAACACCGAAGCAGGAUUAUGUUUUUGGGGAGAUUUGUGGUCAUUUUACAGCUGAUUUUGUGGGUGCAGAACAGCCGUGCAGACACAACAUGCUGGACAUCAGGAAACUGGAGCUGUUUGGAUCCUGAGCCGUUUCUGCUCGUCGGCCUCAGAAACUCUAUUGUCCGGCUCGAUCUGGACGGCGUUGGUCAUAAACGCUUUGUCCCCGGUGUGGGGAAGGACAUCUUGAUGGACUUCCACUACAGAGAAGGAAGAGCAUAUUGGGUGGACACACACACAGGCGUCCUGAGUCAGGUCGACUUAAACGGGACACACACUCGGAAACUUCUGUCACUUGGGAAAGGAAUCUCAGGCCUGGCUGUGGACUGGAGAGGAAACUCGGUGUACUGGAGCAACGGGAAAACCGGGAUGAUCCGGAGAGCGGAUACAGAUGGACACAACAUCAGAACCGUCCUGAGAGACCUGACUCGGCCCAGCAGCCUGGUUAUUGAUCCAAACACAGGAUAUGUGUUUUGGUUGUCGUCCGGCGUGACAUCCAGUAUUCAGCGCUCAGAUCUGACCGGUGGUCUGAUCACCACGGUGCUGGAAACCUCAGACAGAUUGUUGUGUUUGGUCUGUGAUGCGGUGAAGAAGAAGCUGUUCUGGAUUCUUCAGCACAGAUCGAAUGAACUCGGCUCUCUCGGCUCCUGUGAUUAUAACGGCAACUCCGUUAACGUUGUCAACCAGAGAUUAAGAACAAACACUCCGAAGAUGUCACUUUUUUCGGAUUACGUCUACCUGACGGACUCUGCAUCACAAAGUGUAAUGAAAGUAAACAGGAACAUGAGAGAACCUCCUGAGAAAGUGAACUCCAUAAAGAUGCCAGACGUUCCUGUUGAUGUUAAAGUGAUCCAUCCGACGAAUCAGCCGGAAAGUCGUGCUGCAUUCACUAAGGAGUGUGAGACAGAUAAGUGUGUGAAUGUAUGUUCCAGCUCUAAUGGUCACUGUAAGUGCAAACUCGGCUUCAAGCUCAGCAAACACGGCAACUACUGUGAAGAUGUAAACGAGUGUGCUCUGUGGAAUCACGGCUGCUCUCUGGGGUGUGAGAACGUUCCAGGUUCUUAUUUCUGCACUUGUCCUGAAGGAUACGUUCUUCUGCCUGACCACAAAACCUGCAGAGAAAUGAAGCCAUGUGUGGAGAAUGAUACACUGUGUGAACAUGCCUGCACACACACACUAGAGGGCGACAUGUGUGUGUGUCCAGUUGGAUCCUCUCUAGAGCCUGAUGGACGUUCCUGCACAGGGUGUGUGUCUCUGGAUCGAGGUGGCUGUAGUCAGGUGUGUGUGACGUUGGCGCCCGGGAGGUGGGAGUGUGUGUGCCAACCUGGAUAUACACUACAGCCAGAUGGCAAACAAUGCAAAGCCUCAGGUCCUCCAGCACAGCUGCUGUUUGCUAACAUGGUGGAUGUGAGGAGUGUGAAUGUGGAUGGAUCAAAGAGCAGGAGUCUGAUGAACGAAUCGAAACGCUCCAUCAUGGCUGUGGAUUAUGACCCUGUGCAGAACAGGGUGUAUUUUGCUGAUAUCGAGCGUAGACAGAUUGAGAUCGUUUCUGUAGAUGGAGGUGACACAGACGUUCUGAUCACUGACGUCUCACCCGAGGGAAUCUCUGUGGACUGGAUCAACCGCAGACUGUACUGGGCAGACAGAGGGAUGUUCUCUGUUUCUCGUAGCCGACUGAACGGUCUGGAGAGUACGGUGCUGAUUCAGGACAAACUUCUGCAGCCAAGAGACAUAGCAGUUCAUCCUCAAUCUCAGACUAUAUUCUGGACAGAUGUGGGUGUCCCUGUGGCGGUGUGGAGGGCGGGUCUGGAUGGAGAGGAUCGCACGGUGCUGAUUGGUUCAGGACUUGUGUCUCCCUGCGGCAUCACUGUGGAUCACAACACACACACACUGUACUGGAGCGACAUCGGAGCUGGACGCAUCGAGUCAGCGGGGCUGGACGGCUCACACCGACACACACUCACACACAAGAAAGUAGGUCGCCCGUUUGACAUAGCAGUGUUCGAAGACACCGUAUGGUUCAGUAACUGGGAAGAUGAUCACAUUUAUCGUCUGGAUAAAAUAACAGGAAGUGAUGUGGAACGGCUCAAUGUGAAUUCUGUCCAACCGGCUUCACUCAUUAUAGUGCAUCCUCUCAUUAAACCAGGGGCAGACCUUUGUCUCCAUGGAAACGGAGGGUGUUCCCAGCUUUGUGAAAGCAGCCUCGGAUUGGCUCGUUGCGCUUGUCACUCACAGCACAUCCUAUCAGCUGAUGGCAAAGCUUGUUUUCCCAUAGAUACCUCUUCCACAGGGUCAGGUGAUGGAGAAUGGAGUGACCAAGUUAAGAAUAAAUCCCUAAACGAUGAGAGUUUCCCUCUGUCUCAGUCUUCUGAACGAGAACCCUUCACUGAGAAGAUGUUGUCAGAUCAGGAUGAGUGUUUCUCUCUGAGAUGUGACGUGAACGCACAGUGUGUGCUGGAGGAUGGAGUUUCAAUGUGUCGCUGUCUGAGCGGCUUCUUCGGAGAUGGACAGCUCUGUAUGGUGGAGCGUAGUGACGCCUCCAGACCGAGCUCAGAGACUCCGCCUCAGGUGACGACGCCGUGGCAGCGUGGAGACGUGGUGGAGAUCUGUCCAUCCACACACGACUCCUACUGUCUCCACAACGCUAUGUGUUUCUACUUUCCUGAGAUGGAGACAUAUGCCUGCAACUGUGUUCUAGGCUACAUGGGGGAGCGUUGUCAGUACAGUGAUUUGGAGUGGUGGGAUCUGCAGCAUGUGGAACAGGAGAAGAGGAGAAACACCGCCAUUGCUGUAUGCAUCACUUUACUCCUCUUGCUGCUGACCAUCACUGCCAGCAUCACCUACUGCUACAGGUGUAGAAGGUGUACAAGAAGGCGAGCUGCAGAAGACAUGGUCGGUGAGAGGAGUGUGUGUGAGGAGACGGUCACUGAAACACUAUCCAUCAGCCCACAGUUCUAUGUGUUGCUGAACCACAACCAUGAAAAGGCAAUCCACGGUUCUCACAGAAGAGGAGUGUGUCCAUGCUGCUGCUCAGAAACAGUUAAUCUAACUCAGCAGGUUGAGAGCAGCUUCACAGACAUCUAG